GGGGGGCACGGCUGCGGCCGCGGCCUGGUCUGGUGGUGCUGCUGCUGCUGCGGCCGUGGCCUGUUUGGGGGGGUGCGACAUGUGGCCCCGACGACAGCCCCGACAGGCACGACCGGGGCUGUGGGCUGGUGUCGGGGUGCAGCUGUGACCGUGAGCUGGUGUGACUGCAGCCGCAUGAGCUGGGCUUGCCCGUCCAGAUAUUCCUGCUUUCCUCCCUCCUCUACGAAGAUUUUAAUUAAAGGUGUGGAGAGGACUCUUUUUUUUCCUCCCUUUUAAUCUAAAAAAACCCCAAACCAACAACCUCCAAGCCCCCAAAAUUCUCACUUUAUUUUAAUAAAACUUUUUUUUUUUUUUUUUCCAAAAUGUGCAUAUAAUGCCUUAUUUUGGGGAGGAAAGCCUAGCUUUGGUAGUCCUUUGGGUGACAGGAAAAUACAGCCUGAUCUUUUUAGCAUGAAGCAGGAAAGGUUGCUCUUGGUUUUGUUACUACUUCUGUAGUCUCUUUAAGACAUGCACCUGUGAUGGAGCUAAAAAUGAUAUCAAGGAUGGAAAAAACAGCUUCUUGUGUUGACUUUUGCUGGCAUCAACUCUGCUGGAGGAAGACAGGCUUUGUUUCUCCUGUAUUGACUGUGACAGAUCCUGGUAAAGUUUUGGUUAUGUCAGAGUUGAAGUGUAAGCAUUUUUUUCUUCGCCUUUUUGUUGGAAAUUUGAAAUAAUCUGUCUUGCCUGGCCAAAGCAGGUGUAUUUGAUAGAAGAUGAAAGAGAAUAAAGAAAUGGGCCUGGAGAACAUCCACAGAGCAGUACCGCAGAAACCCUGGGUGUGAGCCUUAUGCCCAGGAUUUGACUGGAAAUGAUGGGAGAAGUGUUUGUGCCCAGCGGUGACCAGAGGGCGCGUCCUUUCCCGGAUGCAGGCAGGGAAGAGGCUGGAAUCCAAAAGCAGGUCCCUAUGACUUGUGGGUUGGGUAGCAGCGAUGGCGGCACUUGUUCCCUCCAGGCCAGUCACCACGGUGCAUAGUCCAAUGUCCUCAAAGAGUUGCUAACCUCGUUAUCCUAAAAGUAAACAGUACAUUGGGGUGACUCAGCCAUAUACAGGUCCUUGGAUUUCGCCUCUUUGUCAUGCUGCUGAUCGUUAACAUUGGCAAGAGCCUUGCUUCUUUAUCGUUGUUAUUUUAUCUUAAAUAUUUGAUGCGGUUUACUGUGUCUUAUCUUUUGCCAACUUCUAUAAACUUUCCUCUGUAGCAGGAUGAUCAGUAUUUUUUGUUGGGACUUUGGUGUAGUGCUACAUGUUCUGUGAAAGAAAUAAUAUUUUAUUUAGCCAUAUUUGCUCUUAACUGAAUGCUGUUUGUUUAUUUGUGGAGAAGUAUGUCAUCAAAAAGUUAAACCUUAAAAAUGCUUCCAACCGAGAGAGGAAAGCAGCAGAACAAGAGGCACAGUUGUUAUCCCAGUUGAAACACCCAAACAUAGUGACCUACAGAGAAUCCUGGCAGGGGGAAGAUGGCCUGUUAUAUAUUGUUAUGGGCUUCUGCGAGGGAGGAGAUCUGUAUCACAAACUUAAAGAGCAGAAGGGCAGACUUUUGCCUGAGAAUCAGGUGGUGGAGUGGUUUGUCCAGAUUGCCAUGGCACUGCAGUAUUUACAUGAAAAGCACAUUCUGCACAGAGAUCUUAAAACUCAAAAUGUUUUUCUGACACGAACAAAUAUAAUCAAAGUAGGUGACCUGGGAAUAGCCAGAGUGUUGGAAAACCAAUAUGACAUGGCAAGCACUCUCAUAGGCACACCAUACUACAUGAGCCCUGAACUCUUUUCUAACAAACCCUACAACUACAAGUCUGAUGUUUGGGCGUUAGGCUGCUGUGUUUAUGAAAUGGCUACACUGAAACAUGCCUUUAAUGCUAAAGACAUGAACUCUUUGGUUUAUCGAAUUAUUGAAGGAAAGUUGCCACCCAUGCCAAAGGAUUACAGCCCACAGUUGGUAGAAAUAAUACGAACUAUGCUCAGUAAAAAACCUGAGGAAAGACCUAGUGUGAAAAGCAUACUACGACAGCCAUAUAUCAAGCACCAGAUUUCUUUGUUUUUGGAAGCCACGAAGGCGAAAGCAGCCAGAAGUCAGAAGAAAACAGUGGAUUCUAAACCUAAAGAUCCUUGUUCUGUGGUCUCAGUAAAGAAUGAAUCUCACAGCAGGAAUGUUACACACCAAAACCACUCCUUUGAGGAAGCUGGGAAAUACAAAGUUACUGAAGAAGAUUGCAUCCUCAAAUACAAAGCCACCAAAUUUUGUCCCUCAGAGAAACCAGCUGUUGAGUUGGAAAGAAAACCAAGCAGUAAUGAUUUGAACAACCUGGGAGACUCCAUAGCUACAGUUAGUGAAGUGAAUAUUGAUAUUUUGCCAUUUGAAAUGAAGUGUGGAAGUAAGAAGUGUGACAGUGAGCAUAUGCCAGAGAAUAAUAAAGCGGAGUAUUUAAAUGUUCCAGGGAAUUCUAAAAUAACAUCUAGUAGCCCACCAAUUAAGGAAGAUGGACUACAGCAAAGAGCAAAGCAAGCUUUUAAAGCUGAAAAUGUUGAGUCUAAGCAGUCUUCUGUUGAUGCUGUAGAAGAAGAUGGUGACACUUUGAAGCUCUUGCAGCCUGUAUCAAAAGACCAAAAGCAAACUGACCUGUGCUUGGAUUCUACUGAAAAGCUGCUAGCACCAUUUGUUCCUGUUGUCAUUCAAGAUGAUAUCUGUCAUGGAGCUUCGGGAGAUGCUCAGGAAAAAAUUCAUUCCCACUUGCAGCCUCUUAGUUCUGUCAGUGAACCCUCUCUCUCACGGCAGCGACGGCAGAAGAAAAGAGAGCUAGCUGAAGUCUGUUCAGAGAAGGUGCAGUUCAGAACAGUUGCUCCUCGGCCUUUGCCUUUUCCUUCUGGUGUGAACACAAAGACAACACCAAAGUGUGCAGAGCGGCAUGCUGCUGAAGCCUCUCAAUCUGUAAAUAGCACCAAAACCAGUCAAGUUGCCAUUUCAAAGGAGCGGCCUUUGUCAGCAAGAGAACGAAGGAGGCUAAAACAGUCUCAGGAGGAGAUGCUUCCUUCUGUGAUUCCAGCAAGACGAACAUCCAGUAGUGCAGUAGUUGAAGCAAAAUCACAUAUGGAAAAUCAUGUUAAAGGUGCUCAGUCCUCAUCAGAUCCCAGUAUUUCUCAGAGAAAAAGAGGAACCCAUUGUCUGUCUGAUGAUGAGUUAAGCUCUUCCACAAGCUCUACAGAUAAGUCUGAUGGCGAUUCCAAGGAGAGAAAAAGCAAUGUGAAUGAAAUGAAUGACUUGGUGCAGCUGAUGACAUGGACACUGAAAAUGGACUCUAAGGAAAACUCUGAAUACUGUGUAGCCUCAACUCCAGCCCCAGAAUUUAAACUGCAUAGAAAAUAUCGAGACACUUUGAUUUUGCAUGGAAAAUCACCCAGUGAAUCAGAGGAGUUAAAAUUUGAAGAGAUUUCCUCAGAUAUGUUACCAGUUCCUGACAAGAUUAGGAGAGUGAUUGAAAUCCUGAGAUCUGAUGUGGUGCAAGGUUUGGGAGUGAAACUUCUUGAGAAGGUGUACAGGAUCAUGGAAGAAGAUGAUGAAGUGAAAAAAGAGCUGCAGUUGCGGGAGCAUAUGGGAGACAAGUAUAGAAGUUACAGUGCGAAGGCACGCCAUCUGAAAUUUCUUGAAGAAAAUGUGAAGUUCUGACCAGAACCUUUUCCUUAGUGAAAAGUACUGUUUUAUAGCUCAUUUGAUGGAUUGGGCUAGUUUACAAAGCACAUUUAUCCACCGACCUCCUCUGCUGGAGUAAGGAGGUGAACUUGCAAAAAAGGUUACAGUUUGUAGUAAUAUUUUUCAUGUUAAAAUGUGAACUAGGCUAUCACUUUCUCAGAAGAGAAACUGUUUAGUUUUUAUUUUCUCAAUGAAACUUUAAAAAAAUUGCUUUUUAUAGAUGCAAAGAGGGAUGGAUACCAAGUUUUGUAUACAAAGGAGUAUUAAAAAAAAUGUUGUGGUUUGAAUAGGUGGUUUUAAUAUGGUAACAAAAUAUAUGCCAAGGCUAUGGUGUGAUUGAUAGGCUCUAAGCUAUUACAUUGUAAAAAUUUAGCAGGGAGAAACAAUUACUAAUUUUUGUAGCAGGUUCUGUAAAUUGCCAAGUUAAAAGUCCUGAUGGGGGUGGCUGUACUGCUUUUAAACAGAGCCUUUCCUUUUGUAUUUUAUUGCUAAGGCAAUCAGUAGGGUGGUGGAAAGUAUUUGGUAACUGGAUAAAGUAAAUCUGAAAAUGUUUAAACGAUAGACAUGGUUACCAUGGACCCAGCUGAAGAAAUCUCUUUGCCUUACAAAUACUAAUUCCUUUUAGGAAUGAAAGUGCCCAAGACCAGAGUCAGUUAGAGAAAUAGGCACCUUCGUUUUUGCCCUUUCUUUGCAUCUAGGUUGUGUUGCUACACCUGCCCAGGCAUUGUCAAGUACCAUCACUACAGAAAAAACAUGUGUUCUUUAUAAAGGCUAAAGAAGUCAAAAGGAAUUGAAUUUGUAAAAUAAAAUUUUAAAUGCA